AUGUCUCGGGACUCAAGUUUAGUGCCAUUGACAGCUCAAGAGCUCAGAGAACCAGCCCUUGCGGAGCAACCAGAGCCUUUUGAUGACCCAACUGGGUAUAACCCUGAUGUACCAAUAGCCAUCGAUUUCGGUUCGAGUGAAGUCAGAGCCGGCUUCGGAAAUCAGGAAGGCCCUUCUCACAUAUUUACAAAUCGACUUGCAAGAUGGAGAGACCGGAAGCGGAACAAAAAUCUAACGUUUAUUGGAAAUGACACAAAUUUAGACUUAAGCGUGCGGCUGCAAGCUAGAAGCCCUUACGAUGGCGCUAUCGUAUCAAAUUGGGACUAUGCAGAGGAGAUCAUGGAGUACACUUUUCAUCAUCUAGGCGUAAACAAUCAGGACGGCGUCCCAAACCCAAUUUUAAUGACAGAGAAACUCGCUACACUCCAAUCGCAGAGAGAAAACUGGUAUCAACUGCUAUUUGAAUGUUUUGGUACGUCACAAGUCACUUUCGGUUUAGACAGCCUCUUUUCAUUCCAUGCCAACAAUGAUUCGUCAGCCUCCGGGCUCGUCAUUAGUAGUGGUAACGAAGAUACGCACGUCAUUCCCGUUGUAGACGGCAAAGGCGCUUUAAGUGAAGCUAAGCGGAUAAAUUGGGGAGGCCGUCAGUCCGUUGAUUAUUUAGCGAAUUUGCUGGCUUUGAAAUAUCCGUAUUUUCCAAUCAAACCAUCCACACAACAGUUUCAGUCGCUGUACCACGAUUACUGCUAUAUCUCUCCUGACUAUCAGCAAGAAAUCCAAAAAAUCCUAUCUAUGGAAGAAUUAGAAACAAAAAACGUUGUCGUCGAAGCUCCCUUUUCAGAGAUAGUGCAGCCAGAGAAGAGCGAAGAGGAGAUUCGCCUGCAAGCUGAGAAAAGACGGGAGACUGGCAGAAGAUUACAAGAACAGGCCCGACAAAGACGGAAAGAGAAGCUAGUUCAAAAGGAGGAAGAAUAUGAGUAUUACACGCAGCUCAAAGAGCAAAUGAAGGAUCAGCCUAAAAAGACAAUAUUAUCAACGCUACAAAACGCCGGAUUUGACGACGAACAAGACUUUAGGAAAUACGUCAACGGGCUAGAGAAGACUCUAAAAAAAGCUCAGGUCCUCGACGCGGGUGAUGAGGAUGAGGAAACCUCUUCAAAUAAAUUCGAACUUGUUGAGGUGCCCGAUGAGCAACUUAAUGAAGAUGAAAUAAAAGAAAAGAGGAAGCAGCGGCUCAUGAAAGCUAAUCUAGAUGCUAGGAUCAAAGCCAAAGAAGAGAGGAUUAAAAAAGAGCAAGAAGAAGAAGAAACAAGAAUAAAAGAUGAAACAUGGCGCAAGGAGGAUUUACAUGGCUGGAUUAAGGACAAACGAAAUAGACUUUCCGGCCUAAUUAAAUCAAGAAAAAGUAAACUAAAGAUAAAAUCAGAUAUGAAAGACCGGAAGUCUCAUGCUGCUCAGAAAAGAAUGAAAAACAUUGCUACAUUGGCUGAAGAGGACUCGCGGUCCAGUACUAAAAGGUCCAGACAACAGGCCACUGUUGAUAACGACCCAAACGAUACAUUUGGUGCGAAUGACGAGGACUGGCUUGUGUACAACGAUAUCACAUCAAAUGCAGAGGCUCUUGACCAAGCAAUCGAGGAAGAGUAUAAUGUCAUUGUCGAACUAGAAAAGCUACUUCUGGAAUAUGAUCCGAACUUCACCGAAGAGGAUACGUUAGAUGCACAAUACGAUUGGAGAAAUUCAACCCUACACCUUUUUUUGAGAGGUCCUAGGCCUCACGACAGUGAAGAUAUGAACCAACAACAUCAAAUGCAUCUCAAUGUCGAGCGUAUUAGAGUGCCGGAAGUCGUAUUUCAGCCAUCGAUGGGCGCUCUAGAUCAGGCAGGUAUAAUCGAAAUUUGCGAGACGAUCCUUUUGAAAAAAUUCGACUCUAACAGGAGAGAGCUUAGUCCCAUAACUCAAAACUUGGCCUCGAAUAUAUUUCUUACCGGGGGUAAUAUGCGGGUACCUGGUAUGAAAGAGAGGAUUGUGCGGGAAUUCACGGGACUUCUACCCAUGGGUACUAAUUUAAAUGUCAGAUUGGCGAAAAAUCCAGCUGUGGAUGCAUGGAAAGGAAUGGCGAAGCUUUCACAGGCAAAAGAUCAGUACAAAAAAACCUACAUCACAAAGCAAGAGUACCAGGAAUAUGGUGCAGAUUAUAUAAAGGAACAUAACCUUGGUAAUGUUUCGUAUGUGUAG